AUGGUGGAUGUCGCUGGAGCGAAGGACGGAUACGGCGCUGUCUCCCCGGCGAGCGACACAAAGUUGUGGGCGUCGGAGCCCAAGGCCCCCAAUCAAAAGACCGCAACAGCCAUGGAUAUUGAGGAAUCGCAAUGUUUAGAGCAAGAUGCCAUGCCCGAACGUCCAGCCAGCAUAGAGCCAGAGGCCCCCGUCACCGCCGAAGCUGGUUGCCCAGUAGAACCGGAUCGCCCCGUCAGUGCUGAGUCUGACAACCCCGCACGAGCGGCCUUCCGAGCCCGCUUCUCAGCUCGCUCGCCUGAUGAUAUGACGCCGUCACCGAUAACAUUCAAGUCUAGCCGGAGCUUAAAUCGGAGCAUUGGAGUACGGCGUCGCAACAGCGACCCCAGUUCAAACCUCGAGUUAAUCUUGCCGCCGCUGGCCGCAGCGACUGUGAAUCCCACUGCGAAAGAGGACGAUUACCCCGACGACGCGGAGGAGGAGGACCAGGGCCCCGACCCACUCCGGGAGCAGUUUGAACUCACCAAAGAAACCAACCCCUUGCUGGCUAUCGGGCGGAAAGCCACAAGUAACGGCAUUCUUAGUUGCAAAGCCAGCGAAAGAUCUAUGAAGUCUCUUAAAUCGCACAAGCGGUUGGCCGUAGGCUUUGCCCUGGCUGAUGGUGCUAGCGGUGUGCUGGAUCGGCCAGCCAGCAGUGGCCAUAAGAGCGACAGCACGUCCAGCCGUGGAACCGGAGAUCUGGACCCAGAUGACCAUAUGGAGGCAGAGCGUUUUGCGUCCGAAUCUUCCAUGCCGGCGGAAGUGCCGGCGCCCGUGGUUGUCCAGUAG